UGGAAGGCAACCUAACGUACAAUCACUCAAACUAUUAAAUAAUUAAUGUGAUAUUAUUGCCGUAUUUUUGCUAUUUUCAUCUGUUGUUGGUUUAAAGGUGUUUGUUGACAGUGGUCGUCAGCUGACAGGGGAAAAUAUAACCUAAAUGUUUUGACAAAACGGAAAGAAUGUCAAUGUUUCGGACUUUCAGUAGGAAUUUUCCCUACCUGAGGCAACAGUUCGCUGCGCUGCUUGGAAAUACUAGUACAGCGGUGAAGUUCAUCUGUGCAGUAGUACUAAUAAGUUACUGUUUUUCAUUUUCUGAUGGAGCCAUCAAUAUACUCUCUGUCACACCUGGACUUCUUAUGCCCCCAUCUUUCUGGCUGUGGACAGCGUUCACGUUCUGUUUUCUAGAGGUCCAUUUCUGGGAGGUGCUAGUGGACAUUGUGACUGUGGGACUCUGCGGGAAGUUAAUUGAACCAUUAUGGGGGCAACAAGAGAUGCUGACAUUCUUUGCUGUGGUCAACUUGGGUGUAGCUGUUAUAAGCACUACAUUCUACCUGUUAUUAUAUAUGUGCACAUUUAACACUGAUCUACUAUUCACAGUACAUAUUCAUGGAUUAGCAGGCUAUAUUGCUGGUGUUUCAGUGGCUGUUAAGCAGAUCAUGCCAGACCUUGUCUUGAUCAAAACACCAAUGGGAAAAUUAAGCAAUAGGGAUGUUCCCUUGAUGGUAUUCUUUCUGACACUUGUUGUUUGGUUGAUUGGUUUGUUGGAGGGUACCUAUCCUACAAUGUUCUUGAGUGGAUUGUUGGUCAGCUGGGUGUACCUGAGGUUCUAUCAGAGGCACAGCAAUGGCAGCAGAGGAGACAUGGCUGACUAUUUUACAUUUGCAAGCUUCUUUCCAAACGUCAUCCAACCACCUAUAGCGCUUGUCAGUAAUACAAUACAUGGAGCAUUAGUUAAAGUAGGUAUUUGUAGGAAAGUUGUGAGGAGGUUUGACAUUUCCAAUCCAACUGGUGUCACCAUAUCAGUGCCAGGAGCUGAUCAACAUGAUAUGGAGAGGAGAAGACAAAUUGCUCUCAAAGCCUUAAGUGAUAGACUAUCAAAGUCGCACCAUCAAGACAAACAACCACUACUUCCAAAGACAAAUAAUCCGAAGAUCGGCAGAUCCACGCAAUCAUCGUCAAUUCCUUCAACGAGCGGAGUCCAGGUUCAUCCAAGCAACCCGGUCAUAAGUCCAACGAUUACGCCGAAAACGUAAUCUCCGCUACUAGCCGUAAUUGCUACUAGCUAUUAUAACUACAUCUAAUAACUCUAACUUAUAUAAAAUAAUUACAUUUGAAAUAUUU